AUGGUGCUCAAACUCAAACCGAAAGCUCUUGUGAAGGUGUGUUCGUUCCAAAGCGCCACGCAAAUGGCAAGUGGAGGAAACACGGAUACUACCGAACGUAUAACUCGAAACGAGUUAAACAAGAUGAUUUCGGAUGAAGUAACGAAGGCGUUUGAUGCAAACAUGUCAAAGCUAGCACAAGAAGUGGAGGGCCAAGUACUAAGUACGGUGGAGAAUAUGAUCACGAGUAAAGUGGAUGAAUUGAAGGAAAUGAUAACCGGGAUUCAAAGCAAGAAGGAAGCAAGACGGUGCACCUACAAGGAUUUUAUGGCAUGUAAGCCUACAACUUAUAAUGGGGAAAUUGAUCCCAUCGAAUGUCAAAGAUGGAUAGCUAACAUGGAAGGGGUGUUCAUUCGGAGUCAUUGUGACAAGGAAGAUCAAGUCAUGUUUGCCACGGGGCAACUAUUACAAAGGGCUAAAGAUUGGUGGGACUCGUAUAGCAAGGAGAUCGGAGAGAAUCGAGUUCAAACUUUGACUUGGCAAGAAUUUAAACAACCUUUUAUCAAGUACCAUUGUCCACAAUCAGCUGUGGAUCGAAUCCAAGAGGACUUUCUCCGACUCCGACAAAGGGAUGAAUCAGUCAAUGAGAUCACGAACACCUUCCUUGAUCAACUGAAGUUUUGUGAAGAAAUAGUCGGAACGGAGAGGAAGAAGAUUAUCCGUUAUCAUGGCAUGCUGAAGGCUGAAAUUCGGGAGUUCAUAACUCCUUCUAAAUGUGAAACUUUGGACGAGAUCAUUGAUUUGGCAAGGGAUAGGGAAAUUGAGAUAAAGAGGCAAGAUGAACGUGGGGAGAAAAGGCAAGCCGAGAAGGGGUCAACACAAGGCUCUUCUAAGAAACCCAAAACGCAUGAUCAAAGAAAGAAGGAAGCUUCCAAAGGAGGGUUUCCACGAUGUAAGACAUGUGGAAAACCCCAUUCGGGUGAAUGUUUGUUGGGAAAGAAGGGGUGUUACAAUUGCGGACAAGAAGGGCAUCCGUACUAUAACUGUCCGAAUCCCAAGAGGGUAUGCUAUAAUUGUAACGAGUCGGGCCAUGUGAAAGUUGAUUACCCAAAGCUUAAACAAGGGGUGAAGAAGGAAUGA